UUAUUUUGGCUUAGGGGUUUUCUAAAGUCUGCUCCUCCUCCCCAACUUCUCCAUCACUCUCCUCCCUUCCUUAACGGCGGCCUCCGCAAUUCUCGUCGCCCCCGGCUAACGGAAGAGCUCCCUGAUAUCUGCUCGGCUUCAAUUUGCGGUCACGGUCUUCAACGCUGUUAGUUUCGUCCGCUUAACCACUCAAUCCUUGAUUGUUGAAUUUGUUGUUGAAUAGAGGUCUAACUUAGAGAAGGAUUUCACUCUCCAUGUUUUUUUCUGAACAAAUAUACGGAGUUAGAGUUAUUGGCUUGAAGUGUUUUGUGCUAUUUUGAUGUUUUGGAAUGGAAUCAAAGUUCUUUCGCUUCCUAAAGAUAGUUGGAGUUGGUUUCAAAGCAAGAGCUGAAGCAGAGGGGCGUUUGUUAUACCUAAAACUGGGUUACAGCCAUGAGGUUGAGCUGACUGUUCCUCCGGCUGUUCGUGUGUUUUGCUUCAAACCAAACGUGAUCUGCUGCACAGGGAUUGAUAAGCUAAGGACUCAUCAAUUUGCUGCAGCCAUCAGAAGCUGCAAACCACCAGAAGUGUACAAAGGGAAAGGGAUAAUGUACAUUGAUGAAGUGAUUAAGAGGAAGCCAGGAAAGAAAUCGAAAUGAGUUCUUCAGUGAUGCUAGAUUGCUUGGUCCCAUACUCCCAAUCCAUAGUUUGCCUAUAUCUUUAAAGAUCGCUGCUUAAGGCCGGUAGGCAACAUGCCAUUAGUCAAUUAGUGCAACUGAUUUACCAUUUUUUGUGUGGGUGUAUAACUUCUCAUUAUUUAACGACUUCAAUGGAGCAUAUACGAAUUAGGCUGUGUUUAUUUGACCAUUUCAGUUUAUUUUGAGCUGAGAUUUAAUAAAUUGAAACAAUUAAUUCAUGUAGCUCUGUUUGGAUGAAUAUUUGAACUUGACUAAUACUUGAGAAGAUGAUUUGACGCAUCUUUCACUCUUAGCAUUUUAGUCCAACCUUUUAAUUUGACAUAAGUUCAUGUCAAU